AUGGUAAAACUUAUGAUUAUCGCCAUUUCUUACAUAAUGGAAGCUUCAAUAACUUCACCUGAUUCCAACAAAACUACCCAAAAGUCAACCCUCGUGUCAAAAGAAACAAAAUGGAAGGUCAUUUCAAUGGUGGUGUCCGAAAGGGGACACAAUGUGACACCUCAGCAAUGUGAGGACAAGUUUCUUGAAAUCAACAAAAAGUAUAAUCAACUAAUUGGGUUACUCGGUAAGCCCACAAGCUGUGAGGUUUUCGAAAACCCGAUUCUUUUGGACUCAAUUGAAAUGCCCGAAACCCUAAAACAUGAGGCCCGGAAGCUUCUAGAAUCAGAUCAAUUUUAUUAUCGGGAAAUGUGUUCGCUUCAUCAUAACAAUCGUAUGUUUAUUCCUCAUGAUUGGGAGGUUAUGAGGUUGGUUUUUUUGGGGCUUGAGGGUAAUGAAUGGGAUGAUUUGCGGGCCCGGUGGGCCCGGUUGGAAGAGAAGAAGUUGGAGAUACAAGAGAAGAGGUUGGAGCUUGAGAAAGAUCGGGUUGAGUGGUUGUGUUUGGAUCAAAAUGAAGAGAUGAAAAUAGAGAAGAUGAGGUUGGAAAAUGAGAAGUUGAAGUUUGAGAAUGCACGUUUGGCAUUUGAAUUGAAAUGUAAGGGAAUGGUUGUAGGUGAUGAUGAGAACUGA